UUCACAAAACUGUGUAAAGGAGCAGAUACUCAGUGCUUGCGUGCUACCUUCAUACACACACACACACACACACACACAGUCAGUCCACUUCGUUCAGUUGGUCAUCUUUGGAGAGGUGUGCUCAUCCAGUGUGAUAAAUAUUUCACACUUUGCGUGUUUUAUGCUCAAGAUGGACCAGAAAGACACCGAUAUGAAUGAAAAGGGAGUUACUUCUUCGACCAGUGGAGUUGUGGUCCAAGUAAGAGAGAAGAAAGGACCUUUGCGUGCAGCUAUUCCAUACAUGCCAUUCCCAGUAGCAGUAAUAUGCCUAUUUCUCAACACUUUUGUUCCUGGUUUAGGUACAUUCGUGUCGGCCUUCACGGUGCUGUGCGGAGCGCGGACGGACCUGCCCGACCGCCACAUGUGCUGUGUGUUCUGGCUGAACAUCGCAGCAGCCUUCAUCCAGAUCCUCACGGCCAUCGUCAUGGUGGGCUGGAUCAUGAGUAUAUUCUGGGGCAUGGACAUGGUCAUCCUGGCAAGUCUAUACAGGACAUUUUCGAGCAGACCAUCAUAAGACGGGUCAGAAAAGGUCCAGAAAGGUCAUAUCGUACCCCACAUGUACUGAACAGAGAUUUUCAGCUGAUGCCAUUAGGGUGGUGUUAUAGGUUGCCUAUAUGCAGGCUGAACAUAUACAAACAUUCCUUUGUCCCCCCUGUCAAUAAAAUGUCUAAACAGUAAAAGAGACACCGAGGUAGGAUUGGAGCCUGGCCAGUAGGCCUUAAAUCACCAAUAAAAAGUUUGGACACACCUACUCAUUCAAGGGUUUUUCUUUUUUUUUUUACUAUGUUUAACAUUACAGAAUAAUAGUGAAGACAUCACAACUAUGAACUAACACAUGCGGAAUCAUGUAGUAACCAAACAAGUGUUAAACAAGUCAAAAUAUAUUUUAUGUUUGAGAUUCAGCCACCCUUUGCUUUGAUGACAGCUUUGCACAUCUUGGCUUUCUCUCAACCAGCGUCAUGAGGAAGUCUUGAAGGAGUUCCCACAUAUGCUGAGCACUUGUUGGCUGCUUUUCCUUCACUCUGCAGUCCAAACUCUCAUUCCUUCAACUCUCAUUCCAAACCAUCUCAAUUGGGUUGAGGUCGGGUGAUUGUGGAGGCCAGGUCUUCUGAUGCAGCACUCCAUUACUCUCCUUCUUGGUCAAAUAGCCCUUACACAGCCUGGAGGUGUGUUGGGUCAUUGUCCUGUUGAAAAUAAAUUAUAGUCCCACUAAACACAAAUCAGAUAAGAUGGCAUAUUGCUGCAGAAUGCUGUGGUAGCCAUGCUGGUUAAGUGUGCUUUGAAAUCUAAAUAAAUCACAGACAGUGUCACCAGCAAAGUACCCCCAUACCAUCACACCUCCUCCAUGCUUCACAGUGGGAACCACACGUGCGGAGAUCAUUCGUUCACCUACUCUGCAUUUCACAAAGACAUCGCGGUUGGAACCAAAAAUCUUACAUUUGGACUCAUCAGACCAAAGGACAGAUUUCCACUGGUCUAAUGUCCACUGCUCAUGUGACAUGGCCCAAGCAAGUCUCUUCUUAUUAUUGGUGUCCUUUAGUAGUGGUUUCUUUGCAGCAAUUUGACCUUGAAGGCCUGAUUCAAGCAGUCUCCACUGAACAGUUGAUGUUGAGAUGUGUCUGUUACUUGAACUCUGUGAAGCAUUUAUUUGGGCUGCAAUCUGAGCUGCAGAUAACUGUAAUGAACUUGUCCUCUGCAGCAGAGGUACAGUGGUUCUUCCUAGAAAAGUUUUGAGCUUAUGCCGUGACCGUUAGUGGUAGAUGGUGGCAUUCUGUCAUUGCACCACACCAUCACAAGGUGGAGUUGGAACGCUGAUCUACCGGUAGUCUAAACUGUGGCAAUUAAUGGAGGCGUUUUCAGUCUGAGAGUCUCUCCUCUGGCACUAGAGUCCUGCAUCAGCCAACAACCACAAAAACUGUUGGUGGUCCUGGAGUUAAGAGAGAACUUGGGUAAAUACCAAAAAAAUAAAAAAUAAUCAUCUUUAUUUAACCAGGUAGGCCAGUUGAGAACAAGUUCUCAUUUACAACUGCGACCUGUCCAAGAUAAAUUACACAUAAACAAACAUACAGUCAAAUACACAAAAGAAAAGAAAAAUCUAUGUACAGUGUGUGUAGAUGUAGAAGAGUAGGGAGGUAGGCAAUAAAUAGGCCCUAGAGGCAAAAAUAAUAACAAUUUAGCAUUAAAACUGGAGUGAUAGAUAUGUAGAUGAUGAUGUGCAAGUAGAGAUACUGGGGUGCAAAAUAGCAAGAGGGUAAGUAAUAAUAUGGGGGUGAGGUAGUCGGGUGUACUAUUUACAGGUACAGUGAUCGGUAAGCUGCUCAGGCAGCUGAUGCUUAGAGAGGGAGGUAUAAGACUCCAGUUUCAGAGAUUUUUGCAAUUCGUUCAUUUCAUUGGAAGCAGAGAACUGGAAGGCAAGGCGGCCAAAGGAAGUGUUGGCUUUGGGGAUGACCAGUGCAAUAUACCUGCUGGAGCGCGUGCUACGGGUGGGUGUUGCUAUGGUGACUAGUGAGCUGAGAUAAGGCGGGGCUUUACAUAGCAAAGACGUAUAGAUGAUCUGGAGCCAGUGGGUUUGGCGACGGAUAUGUAGUGAGGGCCAGCCAACGAGAGCAUACAGGUCCUAGUGGUGGGUGGUAUAUGGGGCUUUGGUGAUAAAACGGAUGGCACUGUGAUAGACUACAUCCAAUUUGCAGAGUAGAGUGUUGGGGCUAUUUUGUAAAGGGUGCGGGCAGCAAUCGGUUGAAGAGCAUGCACUUAGUUUUACUAGCAUUUAAGAGAAGUUGGAGGCCACGGAAGGAGUGUUGUAUGGCGUUGAAGCUCGUUUGGGGGUUUGUUAGCACAGUGUCUAAAGAAGGGCCAGAUGUAUACAGAAGGGUGUUGUUUGCGUAGAGGUGGAUCAGAGAAUCACCAGCAGUAAGAGCGACAUUAAUAUUUACAGAGAAAAUAGUCAGCCCGAGAAUUGAACCUUGUGGCACCCUCAUAGAGGCUGCCAGAGGUCCGGACAACAGGCCCUCCGAUUUGACACACUGAACUCUAUCUAACUCAAUGGGGAAAUUUCACUUGACAUGUCGACUGCCGAUUUUCCCAAAAAUAGGCACGGUGGGCUUUUAGUUUCUCUCCAUCUAAAAUCAGAAAUAAAUCAUCUAAAUAUCAAACUGGCUACAUUUACAAAUUAGGAAGAAUGUCUCAUUGCAUGUUCAAGAAUGUCCUUUUAUUUAACUAGGCAAGUCAGUUAAGAAUAAAUUCUUAUUUACAAUGACAGUCUAGGAGCAGUGGGUUAAUUGCCUUGUUCAGGGGCAGAACAACAGAUUUUUACCUUGUCUGCUCACGGAUUCGAUCUAGCAACCUUUCAGUUACUGGCCCAGCCCUUUAACCACUAGGCUACCUGCCACCCCACGUUAGAAUUGCUCACUUUCGACUUUCGGUUAUUUGAAAUGAAAUCAUCUCCAAAAUAUAGUUUUUUUUUUAAGCCAUAGAAAGUUGGUUUCACUUUCAGUUAUAAAAUAAAUAAAACAAGGAACUUGUCUAUUGGCCCCGCAUUGAAGACCAAAAUUGGUUAAAGAAAAUUGGUUAAAACUAUAUACCACCAUAUUUUGCACAUGUAAUUUUCUUUUCAUUAUGCAUCCUUAUUUCCAAAGCUAUCAUUAUUGUUGUUAUUAUUAUUAACCCUGCAUUAUAAUUAUAGUAAAAAAAAACUUAGAUAUUCUCACAGAGCAGAUUUGCCCUAACGUAAAAUUCCCCUUAGAUAUGAAUUUAGAUUGCUCCAAUCCUCUAAAUGUAAUUAUUGGCUGAGAGUCACGUCAUUGGCGGAGAAUCAGGCGGCAUUGGCGGGGUUGAAGAGGGCGACGAACGAUCCAUGCCAGGUAAACAUGCAGAUGCUUAUUUCAACUACAUUUUAGCUGCAACAAGUUUUAUCGGGUUUAAAUAUACUGUCGGCCUACCGUAGGUGACAUGAGUCUCACUAGUGUUCAGUAAUGUGCUUUUAAAAGUGUCUUUUAUUGAUUUAUUUAUUUGUAACAUUUAUUUUACUACAUGAAGGUCUACUUACUCUGCUGGCGUCUUGACCCAGUUUAUGCCCUCAUACAUUUAAACUCAGUUUUUCACAAUUCCUGACAUUUAAUCAUAGUAAAAACUCCCCGUCUUAGGUCAGUUAGGAUCACCACGUUAUUGUAAGGAUGUGAAAUGUCAGAAUAAUAGUAGAGAGAAUGAUUUAUUUCUACUUUUAUUUCUUUCAUCACAUUCCCAAUGGGUCAGAAGUUUACAUACACUCAAUUAGUAUUUGGUAGCAUUGCCUUGUGGUUGAAAAACAAGGUUUCAUGACUCCAACCUAUGUGUAUGUAAACUUCCUGCUUCAACUGUAUGUAUGUAUCGAUUUAUUUAUGUGGAAGCAGCAGCACACUUUAAUUUUCCAGGUCAAAUAUCACCGUAGGACAAUAAAUUGUAUCAUAUCAUAUGUUCAUGGACAGUUUUUCUUGAUCACAUGUCCUGUCCAGGAACACUCCUGUCCAGGAACACUCCUGUUCAUAGAGGGUUGGUAUGGUAUUAUAGUAACCCUCUGCCCCUGAACACUUUCCAGCCACAGCCCCAUGGAUACCGUAAUUAUCUAUCUCCCUUCAUUGCUCACUGCAGAUUGAAUUGCAUUGCUAAAUGUGUUUUUAUGAAUGAGAAUGUCAAAAUACUAGAAUUUUGGCUCCCAUUGUGCAUGAGUUACUUAG